UUCGUCCAGUCGGUUAGAGGAAUAACGGGCCAAUCACAGCGCGCCGAGUGACGGCGGAUCGGGAGAGUUCGGCCGCGAGCGAGGCGAGCACGGUUCGGUUCGUGGUUCUUUUGCAAUUCGCUUCUGUUCGGCCAGUUGCGGAGAAACGCUGGCUGUGCGAUGUGAUGGUUCCAACGCUGCAGUUUAUAUUUAUCGUAUAUAGGCAGCGUUCAAGUUUCGACGAGUUUCACGCCGACGAGCUUCCCUUUCGUUGCCCCGUCAACGUGUACCCCGACGACCGUGCCGUUUACACGGGUCCCGUCACAGAAAAUAUGCUGGCGAUGCACCGCGUUUCGGGGAAGUCUGUGCGCAACAGUGCCGUUUGACAGUUUCGCGAUACCCAAAACAAAACCUGCGCGUUCCUUCUAAAACAAGAAAAAGAGAAUCAUCGUAACCCGGGAAUUCACGGCAGUGCGAAUUGAUUCGAGUCUACGCGAUCCAAAUGGAAUAAACUUGCUCUCUCGCCGAGGGAAUUUCGUUCGUAACUAUAUGAAUCAACGCGAUAAGGGAAAAUUUUAAAAGAAAGUAUACAUGCGUACGCCAUGUUAUUUUGGUGACCUGAGAUUUAUUCAACGAAUUCGUAGCUCAUUAAUGCAGGCACGAUGACUUUCAUUCUAACUAUCUUCGCGCAUAAUGGAUCUCAACAGCCACGUGUGAUGCCUGAACAUUCGAAAAGAAGACCUUUAAGCUUGAUCCACAGUACCAGGUUCAUGUAACAUUUAGUAUAUAUGAAUGGUUGGAGAUUCGCCAGACAUCGUUGGAGAAGGAUCGGUCUCAGAUCUAGGAGAUCUAGAAGGAUGGUGGGAUAAUCCUAGCAUUGUGAUCUGGAGUUUUGCCCUGUUCGGCUGUUUCCUCUUAAAUGUCACGCUUCUGUUGGCAUUCCUCAUACGUCCGUCGUUGCGGACUAUUUCCAACAGAUUCGUCAUGAACCUAACCGUGUCGAAUCUGUUGGUAUGCGCAACAAUAAAUCCCCUGAUGAUCAUGGACGCCUCUUCGUCGCCUACUACUUUCAUGCUGGAUGCAACGUUCACAGAAAACGUUUGCGCGAUGUCUGAAGGUGCGGUCGCCAUGGUCACAACGUCUUCCGUAUUUUCAGUCCUCCUGAUCGCCGUGGACCAGUACUUCGCAGUAGUGGAUCCUCUGCGGUACAGGACCCGCGUGGACAAGCUCAAAUCCGGCAUCCUGAUCGUGUCGACGUGGUUGAUCUCAAUCGUCUUCGGUUCUCUAGCCUUUUUCAACCCAAAUCCUCGAGGGUUCUGGCUCUCCUGUAUUCCAAGGAACGUUACAUCAUCCUCAAACCUAGCAACCGUAAGCGAGUCCACGAUCACGUUACUACAGACUGAAUCCAAGAGACUAAACGCCACUGGAGUUCCAAGUGUAUUAGACUCCCUGGAGUCCAUGCGAGUCGGCGACGACAUAGAUCUCAUAGAGAACACCACCGUCAUCUUCGAUACACUUCUGCCGAGCACAAUUACGUAUGGUUUCGUCUACGCUCUGGUGUACAGCAUCUUUGCCUAUUUCCUUCCUUUCGCUGCCGUUUGCUGGAUCUAUGUUAGCAUUUACGUAGCAGCUCACAGAAACUCGGAAAGAGCUAGACGAAGCGGCUCCAGGCCGAUUCUGUCUUCAGCGAGCUUCAGCGAGGAACAGUAUGGUCCCAGGCUUCAGCGAUUACACGCGGACACCAUCGAAGACUUCCGCAAGCUACCGAAGAUAUCCAGCUUGUCGUCUAUCGAUGAAACCAGUGAAACUAUGCAGCCAACGGGACAACUGUCUAGAAGACGAUCCUUCUCGCCAAGUCUGGAGAUUGAAGUCUCCGCGCCGGUGACCGAUGAUCAACCUUCUUCGGGGAUCGUCUUCACUGUAGGCUCCCUAAAAGUCGAAGUGUCCUCGGAGAAUGAUAAUCGAGAAAAUAGGGAAGCCAAUAAUGAUCCUAUCGUUGAAGAAAAUUUGGAUAACAUUGAUUCUCAGGAGAAGCCUGGCCAGGAGCAAAGGCCUUUAGAGAUUGCUGCGGCGCAAGAGAAUAAUUCAGACACUUGGAAUUUGAAGAAUUUCCAAGAGGCAAGCGAUUCGGAAGACAACACACGAAUCGAGUGCUAUAACAAUUUAGAUGUUUUUGAGAAGAACAGAUUACGAUACGAGCGGAAGAUUUCAUCGUCCUUCCACAACUACAGGUCCGCUUUAGCGGAUGAUUCUUCGAGGACAGCAGUGAUCAUUGAUAGAAAAGAAAAAGAAGAGGAAACAUGCGAUGAUCGAUUGAAACAGGAGUUGGCAAUCGAAACCGAUGAAAAUCGCGUUGAGCCCGUGAGAGAUCCAGAGUCGAUAGAAACAAAUCCAAUUAGUCGAUUGAAUGGUUCCUGUGCGGAUGAGGGUAAAUCGUGCGAGGAAUUGGUAAGGACAUUCGGUAGUAUCGAUGUCGGUCCUAGAAGGUGCAACAGUUCGAGCACCAUCUGCAACAAGACUGAGAGGGACAACGUGGAGCUGUCCACGUGUCUCCUGACGCCGAUAGUGACGAUCACGCCGGCGCCGAGCAAGAACGACGCUUUGCACCGGGUGUCGAGCGUACGGAGUACGUCGAGCUACAUAAGCUCGCUAAAGGACAGGAUCAGCAACGGGUCCAUUUUUAGACACCGUGAGGAAACCAGGGCGGCUAGAAUAAGCGCGUUGGUUAUAGUGAUGGGUUUGAUUUGCUGGUCGCCGUACGUGAUACUGCUCGUGAUGAACAACCUGCCCCGAUCCGUUGACCAAUAUCUGCCGCGCAAAUACGAUGCGCUUGCGUCGGGCUUCUUGAUCUUGGCUGCGUAUGUCAGCCCGUUGCUGUUCGGUUAUCGGUCGAGACGAGUCAAGCGGGAGCUUAGGAGGUUCUUCUGCUUCAGGAGGGAGCUAUCGUACAAGAACAACAGGAGCCUGAUGGCGAAGAAGGUGCUCAAGAGGCGGCACAGUAGCACCCUGAGCCAUCUCGAGGUCGAUCACAAGUACAACAUCUUCAACUGCAUGUACGGCCGGAACCGGUGGCCCAAAGAGAAGGUGCAGUUCGUUCAAGUGCCGGACACAGCGCUCGCGGUUGAAACUUGUCGAAGCAGUUUUUCUAGCGGCGCCAGCACUCAGAUCUCCAGCACGUCCACAGAUGAAUGUUAAAACCAUGACGUUCCUGAUAUUCCUAUGGUACUGUUUACUGAAUUCUUUUAUUUAGCGUACUUAACGCGAUGCGUUCCUUCUUGAAGGGAUUUCUUUAAAAGGUUGUUGAUUGUAUGAUAGAUUCUGUGCAGUUUCUCGCGCUGGUUCUUGUGAAGAAGAAUUUUUAGGAAGAGUAAUUCUUUCUUUUGAAUAUAUUUUUUAUUUAAAUUAGAAAGAACGUUUUUCUAAAAUUCAGUGAUUUUUAACAUUGCCGCUUACGAAUUUGCAGUGCAAUAUUGAAUGAUUGCGAAAAUAUAUCAGAACCCGGUGUAUUGUCGCCAGAAGUGUGAAUGAAGUUUUCAUCGUGAUG